AUGGCGAAAUCAUCUAAAUUAGAAGAUUAUUGGAGACAAAACAAUAUUGAAAGUCUAUUCAAAGAGUUGACACAUAAUCUUGUACAACGAAUGCCAUCUGAUCCAGCUGUUGCUAUCGUUCAAUAUCUUCAAAAAAAAUUUCCAAAAUCAUUCAAAACAUCAACAGCCAAUGAUAAUGAUAAUAUACUUUCGAAAGCUGCGGCAAAUCCUUCACUAUCACAAUCAUUUAUUUCAGCGCGUUCUCCUAUCAAUAUAGUAAAUACAAGUCAGGCAGAUAUAGGAGAACGCCGUGCUUCAAAUCAGAGUCAAACUAGUGGUGCUAUUACUAUACCAACAAUGGGAUCAGCUUUUCGUGAUUUAUUGAAACAAGAUGCAAGUGAAUCGAAAACGCAACCGGAAAUAAAUAUGAGAUAUCCUGUCUUUGCUAAUCGUGCAAGUCAACAAGCUGUUAAAUUAGGAAAAAAUAUUCAAUCGAAUCGUGAUAUAAUUGACGAAGAACUCGUUAAAUUAUCAAAAGCAAAAUCAAAUACUUUAUCAACAGUAAACGAAUCGACUUCUUCAGUUUCUGGCGACGUUAAAAAUGGAGAAACACCUGACCAACCUUCUAGGCUACAAUUAAUAAAAUAUAAACAAACAAUUCGUGAUGAAAAUGAUCGCCGUAAACAUCGAGAAGAACUUGCUGCAUUAGCUAAACAAGCACGUGAAAAAGAACUAAUCUUACACGCAGAUACCUCUAUAAAAUCAGAUCAAGUUCAACAACAACAAAAAUCAAAUUUAUCACAACUGGAAUCAGAAAAAAAGAAUGUUCAAUUAAUGCAUAAGACAAUAGCUAAAUCGAAACAUGAAGAAGACAUAUUGAAUGAUGAACUUUUGUUUCAACCGAGAAGAGAAAGAAAUCGAGAAAAAAAUCGAAAUCGAGUAUCAAGAUCCCGUUCGAAUACACCUUAUAAACAAACACAAUAUAUGGGAGAUCUUAGUUCAACAAUGAGAAGAGGAGAUACAACUUCAAUGUCAAUGACGCUGCCUGGUGUAUGCAAAGUAUGCGGAAGCAUAAUUAAUAAUGAUGAAAAUCUAUUUAAACUUAAUACUCAACAAGUUUUUGGUAAACCAACAUCAGGAUCGGCUGCAUCAAGUGUUGCUAUUGUUGAUGAUUGGUUUGAAUCAGAACCAAAUCCACGCAUUCAACAACAUGCAUCAUCAUCGUCACUGGAUGACUUAGCACCACAAUUAAUUAAUUCAAAUCUAUUACAACGAAAUCUAUUUCAGCCUAUCAAUGAUAAUGAUGCAAACACGGUACGGCAUCGUCCACAAAUUAUUACUACGGAUGAUAAAACAACGGCUAAACAAACGAAAACAUCGCGAAUGUCCGAAUCUGACAUUUUUGGCAGAACAUCUGAAUCAAAUGAUCGUUACUCACCAUCACCACGAAGUAUAUCAUCACCAGUGACAAAAAAGCGCCAAACUAAUAGUCCAGAUGCUACUAGUAAUCAAUCACUCAAGACUAUGACACCACCGUCACCUUUACGACGUAUUCUAGAAUCAACAUUAGGAGCAACAGCUUUACCGAAUACUGAACGACGAAUGUCGGGUUGGAGUGUAUGUGAACAAUCACCUGACGAUUCAGACGAGAACUAA